AGCGAGGGAAGGAGGAAGGGCAGGCGGCGCUGGGCUUCGGCCCCAUCCAGGGGGAUCCAAGCCGGCGAUGGCUCGGGAGGAGGGCGGCGGAGCCUCGAACACCCGCCUAAAGGGUGGCACGAGGCCGCGGCGGAGCCCGGCGCGCAGGUGCCCGCGGCCGCUGGGGAAGUCGCCGGCGGCAGCGGGCGAUGCGUUGGCCCGGGAGCCCCCCACCUCCAUCCCGCCCGCGGCUCGCCUCGCCUCGCCUCGCCGGUGCCGCUCCAUCCUCGGGAUUCGGUCAGAACCUAACGACCUACACACGCGGCGCCUGCCCAAGCGCGAAGGGGAUGCCCGAUCUCACCUUAGGAGCGGGCGCCACGCCGCUAGGAGGCAGCUGGGGGUGCAGGGAGACGCCGAGGCGAGCACCGCCGCCGCCGCCGGAGACCAAGGACUAGCAAGGAGUCUGCCUGCGGGCGCGCUGCCUCCACGGCCUUCGCCCCACCCCCUUUCCCCGCAGGAUUUUGCGCCGGAGCUUGCAGUCUCCGCGCGCGCUGGCCGGGAGGGCGACGGGAGGGGCGGAGCGCUCCCGCGGGGGCGUAUCCGAGCGCUGGUUCGUUUGAUUGCCACAUACCUGUCCAAUAGGGGCUACGAACACGCCAAUCUGCACUUUGACGGACUUUCCUUCUAUCCAGUAGUAAUGGGGAGGCGGGGCAAGUGGGUGUGUCUUUUCGUUGCCGCCCUUCUGGCAAACCGGAACGUAAGGAAAGAUCGGUUGAUUUGCACUGGCGGCCAAACGGUCCAAUGAGCGCAGGCAGAGGGGCCUCUGGACGCAGAUUGGCGUCCUCUCUAACCUAUAGGGAGCCCCCAGGGGCGAUGAGAGCCGGCCCCGGAUGUGGGCGCGGCCCCGAGCUAGAAGUGAGAAAACCUCUACCGCGGUCGUUUGGAGAGCGGAACUGGGAUCUCUUUCUUGGUUAUCAUGUGACGGGUCCUGGAUUUAAUGGGGGGAAAAGUGUGGAAUAGGCCAAGGAUCCACACUGGCGAAUCCCCCGAUCUUCCCGUCCCUCUUCGGUCUCCGGCCGGCGGCGCAGCCAGGGUGUAUUUCCCAUUUUUCGACGCUGCAACAGCCUCUUUAAAGUGUUUAAAUGAGAAUGUCCUUGGCUCAGAGAGUACUGCUCACCUGGCUUUUCACAUUACUCUUCUUGAUCAUGUUGGUGUUGAAACUGGAUGAGAAGGCACCUUGGAACUGGUUCCUUAUAUUUAUUCCAGUCUGGAUAUUUGAUACUAUUCUUCUGGUUAUGCUGAUUGUGAAAAUGGCUGGGCGAUGUAAGUCUGGCUUUGACCCUCGACAUGGAUCACACAGUAUUAAAAAAAAAACCUGGUACCUCAUUGCAAUGUUACUUAAAUUAGCCUUCUGCCUUGCACUCUGUGCUAAACUGGAACAGUUUACUACCAUGAAUCUGUCCUAUGUCUUCAUUCCUUUGUGGACCCUACUGGCUGGGGCUUUAAUAGAGCUUGGCUAUAACGUCUUUUUUGUGAGAGACUGACUUCUAAGGACAUCGUCUUAUUGCUGUUCAACAAGCUGUCAUUAAAGCGUUCUGAAUCUUUGCAAGCUUGAAGAAUACCGAGGAAAAUACCAAAUGUAGUUUUAUACUGCUUCCAUAAAGUAGUCUUGGUAAAUCAUGGACUUCCAGCCAAUCCAAAGCUUCAUUAUUCAAUAUUUGAGUUGUUAAUAUCUUUAUUUCUAUUUAAAUAAAGUUUGUUUUGGACCUU